CAUGCUGACUUUUCUCUAAUUUUUGCAGAUCUUCCUCCCGAAAAUGAAACAAAUGGUUAUAUAUUUAUCCAUGCAGAGGGUGGUUUGAAUCAGCAAAGGAUUGCUAUAUGCAAUGCUGUAGCAGUGGCCAAAAUAAUGAAUGCCACCCUUAUUUUGCCUGUUCUGAAGCAGGACCAGAUUUGGAAAGACCAAACGAAAUUUGAAGACAUUUUUGAUGUUGAUCAUUUCAUUGACUAUUUAAAGUAUGAUGUACGAAUUGUUCGUGAUAUACCUGAGUGGUUUACUGACAAGUCAGAGUUAUUCACAAGUAUAAGACGGACAGUGAAAAACAUUCCAAAAUAUGCACCUGCUCAAUUCUACAUAGAUAAUGUACUGCCUCGAAUCAAGGAAAAGAAGAUAAUGGCCCUGAAGCCUUUUGUGGAUCGGCUUGGAUAUGAUAAUGUUCCUCCAGAAAUCAACAGGCUAAGGUGCAGGGUGAAUUAUCAUGCUCUGAAAUUUCUUCCUGAGAUAGAGGAAAUGUCUGAUUUGUUGGUAUCAAGGAUGCGAAACCGCACAGGAGUUUCAAAUCCAUAUAUGGCUCUUCAUCUUAGAUUUGAAAAGGGAAUGGUAGGUCUAUCAUUCUGUGAUUUUGUGGGGACAAGGGAUGAGAAAGCUAGAAUGGGAGAAUAUAGAAAAAAAGAGUGGCCUCGACGAUAUAAGAACGGUUCCCAUCUAUGGCAAUUGGCCCUGCAAAAACGGAAGGAAGGAAGGUGCCCUCUUGAACCCGGGGAAGUGGCUGUGAUUCUUCGGGCAAUGGGAUAUCCUAAGGAAACUCAGAUUUAUGUAGCUUCUGGCCAGGUUUAUGGUGGACAAAACCGAAUGGCUCCACUGAAGAACAUGUUCCCAAGCCUGGUAACAAAGGAAGAGUUGGCAACCAAAGAGGAGUUAGAUGGUUUCAGGAAGCAUGUGACUAGUUUGGCAGCUCUUGACUUCUUGGUUUGCCUGAAGUCUGACGUGUUUGUGAUGACCCAUGGAGGCAACUUUGCUAAAUUGAUUAUUGGGGCCCGUCGGUACAUGGGUCAUCUUCACAAAUCCAUAAAACCAGACAAGGGGCUGAUGUCCAAAUCUUUUGGAGACCCAUACAUGGGCUGGGCAACUUUUGUAGAGGAUGUGGUUGUCACUCACCAAACACGAACUGGAUUGCCAGAGGAGACCUUCCCCAAUUAUGACCUCUGGGAAAACCCUCUGACUCCUUGUAUGUGUAGAGCCUGACUGCAUAUAUUUCUAGAUGCGUCGCCUCUAACUCAUUAUUAGGAGCAUGUCUGAAAGAAUCAUGGCUCUGUGAUUUGAGAAGCUAUUAUUUUACCAAGAACGAAGAAAAAUGAGUGGCGUAAGGUUUUUAUAGGGAAGAACUAGGGGAAUAUGAUCCGCACAGAUAGCCGCCGGCAAGCUGGAGCAGGAUUCGAGCGUAUGGUUGGAUUACUAAGUCUCUUCGCAGUUACUCAACAGUUUAGUCUCCAGUACAAAGAUAGAUAAGCAAUUGUGCCAAAGACUAGAAGCUGUUUUUUUUUUUUUUUUAUUUGGUUGAUUUAUUUAUUGUAAAUUACAAGUUGAAAUUUGUAAGUUGGACUGCUAUUGCUAAUGGAAAUAUCGAAGGCUAUCUAGAAGUUGCAAAUA